CUGCUAAACACAAACAUAAACUGCAUCACCGGUAAUGCAACUGGCCAGCGAUUGGCAUCUCAGCAGCAGCAGCAGCAGAAAUGCAUCUGAUCGAUCUAAUACGUUAGCUUUUGGUAUGCGAAACGCGUACGCGACAAUUGAUGGUAUGCAGUGGCAGGUGUAGCCAGUGCGAAAUGUCCUACUGUCGGGUACGAGACGGAGCAAUGGAUUCGCGUAAUGGAGAAUUGAAUUUUAAUAUUUAAUUGAACCGUGCUCGAAUUAUAAUCAGUUAUUAUUUACACUCGAUUACGGCCGGUCGCGUGCUGCAGUGAUUCUAGUCGCGAGGAUCCCAGUGAACACCAACGAAAAAAAAAAAUCGAAUGCUGCAGGUGAUUUGUGUUUUAGUGAGGUAUACAUAGUUUUGAAGUUCCGCCAACCACACAGGCAGUAUCCUGUUGCGACAGAGGAACCAGAGCUGGAAGUAAACAUAGUGCAAUUUUGUGUAUCGCCGUGCAAACGGCCGCCCAGUCAGUCUAGUGCGACUUAUUCCGAUGUCAUGAUUUGGGCAGUGGCAUUUGAUGUGCACCCUCUCCUGUGUUGCCCCCCAGCAGUGAAGCCCUGAUUAAUAGCAAAAACAUUAAUUAUUUAAUUUUCGAGCGAUUAUCGGUGCUUCCUGGACAUUAAUUAAAUUAGUGCUCUGUUUGUUCAGCCGAUUGGAUACAGCGAUAGAGUCACAGAGAUGGAAUUUCACGGGAGAAAACAGUUGAUCUUGUCGCUGCUGGUGCUGGCAAUCGCACAGAUGGAGACCGGACUCGGCCAGAAUCGAAUCAACAGGCAGAGAGGUAACAUUCUGAAAAAUCUAACCAAAACACACGAGUACGAAAAUCAUAUCGUGACAAGUCAGCUGGAUGCCUCGACGCCAAUUCGAAUGUUCUACAGAGGCUUCCGAGAGAUUUAUAAUCGGUUGCUUGGUCCCACUGGGGGUAGGGUGGAAGGUUCUUUCCUGCAGCCUCACGUAAUGCCGAAUGUCCCGUUCCCAUGCGACACGAGGGGAUACCGUAGCGAUAAGGUCCCAACCAGCGUCCAUCAGUUGAGACCGGGAGACAUUGACAUCAUUUCGGCGGUCGGUGACUCACUCACGAGCGCAACCGCAGCAAACUCCGUUGCCCUUUGGGAACUUCUAAUCGAAAACCGUGGGCUGGCGUGGUGCAUUGGAGGGCAAGGAACCUGGCGGACACACCUUACCCUGCCCAAUAUAUUGAAAGAGUUCAAUCCAAAGCUAUUCGGUUACUCGCUGUUCGAUUCGUAUAAUGUGCAUCCCAUGGCGCAGUUCAAUGUGGCUGAGAAUAUUGCAACCACUACCGAUAUGCCAUACAACGCGGCCAAGCUGGUGGAGCGCAUGAAGCUCGAUCCAAGAGUGGAGUGGGAACAGCACUGGAAGCUGCUAACGUUCAUGAUUGGCGGAAACGAUUUUUGCUCGGACGUUUGCUAUCAGACAAACGCCACCGAGUGGAUCAACGAAGUUCAGGAGAAGUAUCUCAUCAAAACGUUGCUGUAUCUGAGGAACAACAUGCCGAGAACCAUCGUCAACUUGGUCCCAUCGCCUCUCAUAAGCCUAUCGUUCUCGAUGGACAAGGCGCAGCAACUUCCUCUUUCCUGCUACUUUUCUCGACCCAUCGAAUGUUCCUGUCUGUUUGGGCCAAAAUAUUCCAACAGGAGGGAUCUUUUCCGCAAACUGGAGCGGAAUUUCGUUAAAAUCAUGGAACGAGUCAGCUAUCUGCCGGACUUCCACAGUGAUGACUUCACGGUAGUCUAUCAGCCAUUUUUCAAAGACGCGAGCGUAUUCUAUCGACGCGAUGGGAAACCGGACAUGGCCAUCAUGUCCAUCGACUGUGUUCACCUUAGUCAGAAAGGUCACGCUGUGUCCGCCAAUGGUCUGUGGAAUAACAUGCUGGAACCAACCGGUGCGAAGAGCCUCGGACUGAGGCAACUGUAUGAGCAGUUCAAGUGCCCAACGCCACAGAGCCCGUACAUCAAAACAUAUUUCAAUAGUUGAUCUGAAGUGUGAAAUAAAAAGAUUUUUUUUAUGUUA